GCAAAAUGGCGCCCUUUACGAUUUUCUGAGCAUUUCCGAGGUAAUAAUUUUUGAGUGUACUAGAAGCGUUAUAUGUUCUCGGUUUCCAGUCGGCAAUGUCAAACGAAACAUGACGCGUUUGUUGCCUCGAUAGUGCCUCGAAGCGCCGAACGAUGCCGGUCGUGGGCAUGGACAGCGGACUAUGGAUGCCAGCGGCCCUCGGCAACCCACCGAAGGACGUAAUCACCGCUCACAAGCUCGCUUUGCUCGUGCUCGUGUCGGAGUACUGCCGCGUCAAGAUGCGCCGGCACGUCGAGCCGAGCGAGGAGCCGUGGUCGCACACGAGUCAGCAAUGCCGGGACUUCGCCGUCCUCUCUCUCAAGCUCCUACAGAGCCCCGAUGUACCGCUGAGCGAUUUGCUCGCCGCGCUGCGCCCCGUCCUGCACCCGAAGACGCUGGACCUUUUCACGAAGGAGAUGGCCAUCAUCCGGGACGCCGGCGUAGCGGGAAUCAUGGACUACGUCCCCAAUCUGGACAACCUUCUCGCCGAUCCCGUGGCCGCUACGCCCGCCGUGCUCCACAAGAGCAGCGUUCUGGGACUGUUCGUACGACGCAUGCUUCUCGCCCUGGACAAACUCAACUUCAGCGGGCUCGUAAACUUGCACAAGAGCUUCCGCUCGUACUACGACGAAGGCCUGCGACGAUCCGAGACGUCUUCCGAAGGAGCGGGCGACUACGUCGUCGGGUUAGCGCGACCGGCGGCGACGCAGCGCCAAGCUGACCUGUUCCUGGCGCAGCAGGUGAUGCUGAUGCAGCUGAGCGAAAAGGCCGCCCUACCGCCGCCGCAGCUGCAGCGGCGAAUCAAGCAACUCCUGGCCGGUAGCAGAGACCUCUUCGAAGCCCACUACCUCAGUUUCCUCAACUGCCUCGCCGUUCGCGAGUACAGCGGAGCAGACGACAGCUUGCGGCACUACUUCGACCGCGCCGUGCCCGCGGUUCCGGAGACCGUCAAAGGCGCCGUCGAAGACGGCGGCGCGACCCGAAACCUCCGCUACGCGUCCUUCAACCUGGCCACGCUGCACUCGAAGAUGGGUCACCGCGGCGAGGCCCUGAUAGCCUUGCGCGAAGCCAUCACCCUCGCGCAGGACGCGAACGACUCGUCCUUCCUGCAGCACGCCCUGUCGUUCCUGUGCCGACUCCAGGGCAGCCGCUGCGACCCCUCACAGCUGCGAUGUCUCAUCACGCGCGCCUCCGAGCUAGGUCUACACGGCGUCGCCUCCUUCGGCAUACAGGCGCUGGCGCGCGUCGAAGGCGAGGCGGGCGUCGCGCCCAGCGCCGUGCUCGAGUUGCUCGGCAAGAGCGACCUCCUCAACUGUCAGCACGCCAUGUCCGAGCCCGCGGGCACGGCACUAGCCGAGCGCGCGGCGCUCUGGGCCCUCUACGGAUUCCAGACCCUCUCCCUGCUGCAGUCGCAUUGGCUGCUGCACGCCUCCCGCGGAGAUCCGCUGAGGGCCUCGGGAGUGCAGCCCCUGGGCGAGGUGUCGGCCCUGGCUCUCCGCAACCUGGCCGUCGCUUUCACCUGGCAGGGCCACUAUCAGAAUGCCAAGGACGUGCUCAGCUUCGCCAAGUCGCUGUUCCCGCAGUACUCGGACUCGUACAAGACGCUCAAGUUGUGCCACCUCGUCACCUCCUUCAACGUGUCCCUGUACCAGGCGAACUGGCCGCUGGUGGAGAAGCUCGCUUCGGGCAUUCGAGUACUGGACCGCCACGAGGGAGACCUCUGCCGGGCGCGCUCCCUCCUCUGGCAGGGCCACUUCACUGCAGCGUUGGACCUAAUCGACGCGUUGUUUGAAAGAUGUCGUGACAUGGAGAGAGACUUCAUCGGCUGUGAGCCGCACUUCGUGGGUCGCCUGUAUCAUCUGAAGGCCGAGCUCUUCAUCGAAGCUUCACAACCCAUGCUUGCCAUUCCGGUUCUCUGCAAGGGCCUCACACAUGCCGAGAAGCACCACCUGGCCUACGUUCGAGCCAUGCUUGUGGUACUGAUGGCCGAGGUUCAGUUUCAAAUCGGCCUGCCGGGACACGCGAGCACGCUGCUCGACGAAGUCGUGACGAUCGUCCUCUCUCACGGGAGCCUUGCAGACGUUGGACACCUGUGUCUUCUGCGAGCGAAGUGCACGUUUUCUAGCAAAGGGGCAGAAGCAGCCAGUGAAGCAGUCAAACUUGCAACAAUGUCGCUGGACACUUACACUAAGGUGCAGCUGAAGAAAGGCAUAAGAGAUGCAGCCUACUGGCUAGCAUUGACUUGCCACGCGGUUGGCUUGGAGGAGCAGCGAAAUGCAGCUGCCCUGCGAUUCCGUCAGGUCGAUGAAGAAAUGGCAGAGAAAUUGUUGUACGUUAUGUAAAAGUAAUGUUCUUUUU